UUCCUUCCACAUCACUCCUUAUCAAUUAUCCAGCCCCCUUCCAAAACAUUGCUUAGUCUCUGAAUUUGCACUUCAGCUUCUCCUCUUGCACUUACAGCUGCAGCAAUGGCAUCAGUCAACUCCAGUGUUCUAGCAUGUAACUAUGCCAUCUCCGGUGCUGGAGCUCCGGAGCUUAACUCCAAGCUUGUUUCAAUGCCAUCUGCUGCAUCCCCAGCUGUGGCUGGUCUCAAACUGCCUGCGAUCAGGGCCCAACAGGCCAGAGUUUCUGAUUCCAAAAAUUCGGGUGCUGGCGAGGGGAGAAGAGCUGCCCUUGUGUACUUGGCUGCCACCCUUUUCACCACUGCUGCUGCCACCUCUUCUGCCAAUGCUGGGGUGAUUGACGACUACCUGGAAAAGAGCAAAGCGAACAAGGAGUUGAACGACAAGAAAAGGUUGGCUACAAGCGGAGCAAACUUCGCCAGAGCAUACACUGUUCAAUUUGGAACCUGCAAGUUCCCUGAGAACUUCACUGGCUGCCAGGAUCUCGCCAAGAAAAAAAAAGUGCCUUUCCUUUCUGAAGAUCUAGAGUUGGAGUGUGAAGGAAGGGACAAGUACAAGUGCGGUUCCAAUGUUUUCUGGAAAUGGUGAAGAGGGCAAUCUGUUUAUCUCUCUGGCAAACCAUCUACUACCCUCCAACAUGUAUCUAAUUUUCCAUCGAGAAUCUUUGAAUGCUUUACUCAACUUAUGUUCUCUCUACACUUUCUUUCUGUUGCUUUCUUUUUCUUUUAUUGAGUACUCAGAGGUUAUUGUGGAA